CGAUGGAGACGCACAUCUCGUGCCUGUUUCCGGAGCUGCUGGCCAUGAUCUUCGGCUACCUGGAGGUGCGGGACAAGGGCCGAGUGGCGCAGGUGUGCACGGCCUGGCGCGACGCCGCCUACCACCGCUCGGUGUGGCGGGGCGUGGAGGCCAAGCUGCACCUGCGGCGGGCCAACCCGUCGCUCUUCCCCAGCCUGGCGGCCCGGGGCAUCCGGCGGGUGCAGAUCCUGUCGCUGCGGCGCAGCCUGAGCUACGUGAUCCAGGGCAUGGCGGAGAUCGAGAGCCUCAACCUGAGCGGCUGCUACAACCUCACCGACAACGGGCUGGGCCACGCCUUCGUGGCCGAGAUCGGCUCGCUCCGGGCGCUCAACUUGAGCCUGUGCAAACAGAUCACCGACAGCAGCCUGGGCCGCAUCGCCCAGUACCUCAAGGGCCUGGAGGUGCUGGAGCUGGGCGGCUGCAGCAACAUCACCAACACGGGCCUCCUGCUCAUCGCCUGGGGCCUGCAGCGCCUCAAAAGCCUCAACUUGCGCUCCUGCCGACACCUCUCUGACGUGGGCAUCGGGCACCUGGCGGGCAUGACGCGCAGCGCUGCGGAGGGCUGCCUGGGCCUGGAGCAGCUCACCUUGCAGGAUUGCCAGAGGCUCAGUGACCUCUCGCUCAAGCAUCUCUCCCGGGGACUCUCUCGUCUGCGCCAGCUCAACCUCAGCUUUUGCGGCGGGAUCUCUGACGCGGGACUGCUGUACUUGUCGCACAUGAGCAGCCUGCGCACCCUCAACUUGCGCUCCUGUGACAACAUCAGCGACACGGGCAUCAUGCACCUGGCCAUGGGCAGCUUGCGCCUCUCUGGCCUGGAUGUCUCUUUCUGUGACAAAGUGGGGGACCAGAGCCUGGCCUAUAUCGCACAGGGCCUGGACGGGCUGCGCUCACUCUCCCUUUGCUCCUGCCACAUUAGCGACGAGGGCAUCAACCGCAUGGUGCGCCAAAUGCACGGACUGCGCACUCUCAACAUUGGCCAGUGCGUCCGGAUCACCGACAAGGGCUUGGAGCUCAUUGCCGAGCACCUCAGUCAGUUGACUGACAUUGACCUCUACGGCUGCACCCGCAUCACGAAACGGGGCCUGGAGCGCAUCACUCAACUCCCCUGUCUCAAGGUGCUCAACUUAGGACUCUGGCAAAUGACUGAGAGCGAGAAGGUCAGGUGAGAGGAGGGGACAGCCCGGAGACCCCACCACCCCCUCUGGAAGGACUCGCUGGCUGACUGCUGCAGUGGAGGAGAAAAGGGGGAUCCGCUUCCAGCAUUGGAGGGAGGGAAGGAGAGAGGGAGGGGAAAGUAUCCUCAGUACUUGCUUGCCUGCCUGCCUGUCCCCACCUGCCCCAGCAGUGGGGGUGGGAAAGAGGGGUACCCACCAUUCUUUCAUAAUUCCCUCUCCUGCACCGGAGGGAGACAACUGCACUCUAUAUCAGCCUUCACUGUGGAUGGAUACAGUAUCACUGCCCUUACCUUUUCUAUUGAGAAUACAGCUUCUCAAUCUUUUAUGCACUGGGGAUAAAUACAGCCCCUUCCUCCAAAUCUGAUUCCACCCCCACCCCACCCCCCUCUGCACUAGGGAUGGAAGAAGAAAACUUAACUUAGGCCAUUAUUGUUUUAACUCCAACUGCUCUUCAUUGGGCAAGCACAUAAGUCUUUCUCAUUCUUUCUUUCCUCCCCAUUUUCCUUUAUGCUUGUGCACCGACUCCCACUAUGCUAUUUGUAGUCAGCCACCCCUUCCUUAGACAGCCCGUAGAUAUCGUUCUACCUCUCUUCAUCCUUCCCCAGAUACUGGGCCAGAAUUACUGCCCCCCCCCCCCGCCAUUCCAGAGGCUAGAAACAGGGACGCCCUUUACACUUCCCUCUCCUACAGCAGGUGAUGUUUCUUCGACACGCUGCACUAAUUAGAGCAUCAACUAACAUGCAGUCGUUCUGCUCACUGCUGUUUGGGGAGGGCCGUGGGGGGGGGCAUCUAACCACAGUUUUUCUUCAGCCCCAUUUUGUGCUGUAUCCAACACACUCUGUCACCAUCUUUCCUUUACUGUUCAUUAGGAAUAAUUUAAGUCUCUACAGAGGUCACCUUUUACAAACAGUAUCCUCCCUGCCAUUUUCUUCUCCUUUUCUUCCAUUUUUUAAAAUAGUUCAGAUCCAGUAUAGCCAGCCAUGUGGAAGGUGGGGGGGGGGGUAGGAACAACUGAAUCAUCACUUGUACUUUAAUUUGAAAACUGUGACCUGUUUAUUUAAAAAAAUUUAGAAAUACAUAACAAAAACCCUACUACAAAGGCAUCCUCCUCUUGCCCUUUCUUAAACUUGACUGAUCUCACCUUUUAAAAUUAAUUUUCUCUCUUUGAUGUUCAUUUUCUUACAUGAUAUAAUUUUGAAAGACAUUUGAAGUGGCUGUUCUUGUGAAAUUUUAAGUACACUCCCCUCCCCUGCUGAAUAUAUUCUCUCUAUAUAAAUGUUUGGCUACCUCGUUUUUUUGCUCCCCCCUCCGAUUCCCCCCCCCCCAUGAAAGAUGUUGAGACUGAAAUACUUUUGUGCCUAGACUGGAAAGAUGAUAUCCCUUGGGUUUGUGAUUCGGAGUGGGCGGGAAGGGGGGGGGAGAAAGGACAGUUCCCCUGGGUGUUCCACCUACACUAUCUUUGUGCCUCUCCCUCCCUCUCUAAGGUUUUGGGGACCCAACAGUGCUUUUUGCAUGUCUAGCUCUUCUAGCACAAACAAGUGUAGCGCGAACAUCCAAACUGAUUAAUGGGUUUAUGUUUAAAAGAAAUGUGAAAUGGAAACUCAGUUUCUUAACUAUAUAUAUGCAAAUUCCCACCUACCCUUCUCUCAGAUUACCUAGGUCAAGUAUGGAGCUUCCGGUAUGGAAGCAGAAAGAAGUGCAGAACAGAGUGACUUGCUGUUGUACCAUGAAUAGGAAAAGUCCAAUUUCAUCUGUGUGUGUUUCUGUUCUGCCAUUAAAAUAAAAGCUAGUUCUUGACUACUUGUCUCUGAAACAAGGAAGAGGACAGUGUUGAAGAAAAUGCAAAUGAUGAUGGGGGAAAGAAGUGGUAGUUUGUGCAGAUUUUCAAAUCCUUCACAGUUGCAGGCCAUGGAAUUUAGACAAGCUCAGACAUGUA